AUGACUAUUAAGUUGGUGGUGGGUGAGUGUAUUUUAAAUGUCGUUAGCGCGUACGCGCCGCAAGCAGGCUUGGAUGAGGAAAUUAAAAGGCACUUUUGGGAGGGGUUGGAUAACAUCGUUCGUAGUGUUCCGCCUUCCCAGAGGUUAUUCAUAGGAGGAGAUUUCAAUGGUCAUAUUGGGUCGUCUGCAGGUGGUUAUAUUGAGGUGCAUGGCGGCUUCGAUUUCGGGGAGCGGAACAGAGGGGGCACUUCGAUGUUGGACUUUGCCAAGGCAUUUGAUCUAGUGAUAGCGAACUCAAGUUUUCCGAAGCGCGAAGAGCAUUUGGUUACUUACCAAAGUUCGGUGGCGAAGACUCAAAUUGACUAUCUCCUCCUCAGGAGAUGCGAUAGAAGGUUGUGCGAGGAUUGCAAGGUUAUCCCAGGUGAGACCCUCGCAGCGCAGCAUAGGCUUUUGGUGAUGGACAUUGGUAUUAAUGAUAAGGAGGAAGAAGAGGCUAUUGUCCAAGGUAAAGUGGAAGCAAAGAAGGCGGCUUACCUACGGUUAGUAGGGAGCAUUGGUGAGGAGGAGAGGAGAGAGAAUAGUGAGAGGUAUAAGGUAGCUAGGAAGGAGGCGAAGAUGGCAGUCACGGAGGCUAAGACUGCAGCUUUUGCUCGUCUGUAUGAGGAACCAGGGAACAAAGGCGGGGAGAAGAAGUUAUUCUGA